AUGUCGGCAGAAGGGAACUAUACACAGCUCAGCAAUGUCGCCAAUGACGAUGACAUCGAUGCCGAAUAUGUCAAAAUCUACAUGAUGACAAAGCUCACCGAAGAAGAGGAACAGAAGUACCUGAAGUCUAUCGACGGAACGGUAGACCAAGACGAAGGGUCCUGGGUCCAUCCCAAACUGGUCCCAUGGACGUCUGACACAGACGGCACCACCGACAAAGACUUACUCCAAUACUACAAAAAGAUCAAAGAGGAAGAAGGCCCAGAGUCAGAAUUCUAUGGCUUCUUCGCCGACCGCAAGAGCGUCGAGGAAGGGGGAACCAUCCUGGUCGACCGGGCCUGGUACGCGCUCUGCACCUCGAAGAAGGCGAGCGAACAGAUCUCGGAUUUGGCGAGAGACAAUGGGAUAGAGAUGACUGCUAAAGAUUGGAUGUCGAUGCCCGGAUAUGCGGAGGAUCUCAUGGAUCUCGCACUCGAGCGCGGUAUCGUGUGGGGAAGGGAGGCUGGGUCGCAGUGGAAGAGUGACUGGAUGAAUCUGGACGUUUCAAACAUGGAUACGGGUGAGCUUCUCGAGGAUAAAUUUGAGAUUCUUUUGGAUACGGAAUGGAAUGCUGCACCGUUUUUGGGCAGGCUUAGGGAGGAGUUGGACAAGACGCAAGAUCCCGAGGACAGCUAG